AUGACACUCGUGAACCGCGCGAGCCGUUCACCUUGCGCCGCCUCAUGCAAGUGGCCACGUCCCGCGAACGUCGCAGCUCCUUCAGGCGACAACUGGAUGCAAGGACCGGAGGACCUGUCGGUGGUCGUUGACCAUGUGAUGCAUGCAGCGGGAGCCAUCUCCGGUCCCUCGCCUACCCCGGCAUCAACGAACGGGAAGAAUGAUGGUCAGGCGAAGAUACAAGACGGGUCAGGCUCGCGAGACCAGCACAUCAUGCUGACGGACAGGGAGGACAGCGGGAAGCUGAAGCGGAAGUUUUCCAAGGGCGGGCAGACGUUCGCGAGCCUGUUGGAAAGGGACGCGGAGAAGCGCAGGAAGACGGUCGAGAUCAUAUCGCACAAGAGGCUGAAGGUGUGGUUGAGCCUGGACAGCGUCGUAAAACUUCUUGAGCUGUUCCUGGCUCUGUAG